UUUCGUCACUCGAAAGGAAAGGUGCGUAACGAUAGUUCUCUCAGAUGGCUGUGUUGUGGUUGAUAUUGGUCUUGCAACUGGCAUGGACAGUGGACAGUGGGAAGUUGGUGUUUCCUGAAGGCACUGAUGUGGGCUACAUUGUACCAGAUAAACGUGCUAGAACAACUGAGGAAGAGGACUGGUUGAAUGCACUUCAGAAUGAGGACUUUGCUGGAUCCAUACUUCAGAGAGGAGAACGUGAGGCUCUCAAUGAGGUGGAGGAAGCCCUCUGGCGUACCAUUGAGAACAGCGCCAGGUUGGCUCGUCAGCAGGAUUUUGGGGCUGAUGACAGUGAAUCACAGCCUGACCCAAUAGAGAACUGGCAUGGCAAAUGGUUUCCUCAUGCCCCUAAAGAACUCAACAGGGAUAGCAGCCGUGGUAAUCCUGAUACUCUUCCUGAAGAACUAAAGGAUGACAAGCAUGGUGUGGCCAUGGGUAUUCCUCAUGUUCAGUGUGAUAAUGCCAAGAUUAAUCUUACCAUUGAUUGGGACUUUUCACCAGUCAACUAUACCUGCUUUGACCCCAAAAAGCAUACAAUCCCAGUGUUAGCACACUUGGAAUCAAAGGAGACAUGUGUCAACAUCCCAAAGGGCUACUCUCCACAACAUUUGUGCAUGAACACACUCAUUGAAUACAACACAACUCUGCCAACUUUUGGGCCUCAUCGCCCCAUCUGGCCUGUCUAUGGAGAAUACAAGUUUGUUCCAGUUCAGCGAUGGCUACAUACCAUUGAGCAUGGAGGGAUUGUGAUGUUAUACGACCCAUGUGCAGAGACAGUUCUUGUGAAUCGUCUUCGCAGAUUGUUAACUGGUUGUUUUCGGAAGCAUGUCGUCACUCCAUACACCUUGCUAACUAGGGAGCGGCCCCUGGCACUUGUUGCAUGGGGAUGCAGCCUUGAGAUGGCAAUUGUGAAUGAUGAGGAGGUCAAGACAUUCAUCAAAGAGCAUGCUCUUCAUGGGCCUGAAGGACACUAUGCCAAGGAUGGAGGAUACAAGGAAGGCCUCCUCAGGAAGGCUGAGUAUCCUCCCGGGGCACAGGAAAAGGACUCUAACAUUUGCCCUUAAGGAUCAAGAAUCUGCCAUUCCAGUUUUGAAGUUCUGAUAAUAAAGAAGUUUGUAUGUUUUAACAUUUACA